AUGUGCCUCCAAAGACAACCAACCCAUAAGCCUACUUUUGUGCCCCCACCUCAUUUCCUAAGCAGAUUGAAGAAGACUAAAAAGGAAGAGGUUGACAAGGAAAUUCUUGAUACAUUCCGAAAGGUAGAAGUGGUUAUUCUUCUUCUUGACGCUAUUAAAAAAGUGCCGCGCUAUGCCAAGUCUUUGAAAGAGUUGUGCACUAAUAGCGUAAUUCUUCAAAAGAAACUUCCACCAAAGUGUAAGGAUCCUAGUACUUUUAUUAUCCCUUGCACUACUGGUAAUAAAAGAAUUGAGCAUUGUAUGUUGGAUUUGGGAGCCUCUAUAAAUGUCAUGCCAUUCUCCAUUUAUGAUUCAUUGAGUCUCGGUCCACUUGAAGAAACAGGGGUGAUUAUUCAACUUACUCAUAGGUCGAAUGCUUAUCCCAGGGGUGUAAUAGAAGAAGUUUUAGUUCAAGUGAAUGAAUUGGUGUUUCCGGCUGAUUUUUAUGUUCUUAAUAUGGAAGAUGAAUCUAUUCCAUGCUCCACUCUAAUUUUUUUAGGGAGACCAUUCAUGAAAACUGCAAGAACUAAGAUUGAUGUGCAUGACGGUACAUUGACCAUGGAAUUUGAUGGGGAGAUAAUUCGAUUUAAUAUUUUUGAGGCUAUAAGGUAUCCAAGUGAUGUACAUGCUGUUUACUCUCUUGAUGUGUUAGAUAUCCUUUCUCAGCGAUGUUUAGAUUUGGAUAAUGAAGAUUGUUUGGAGGUUGCGUUAAGAGAGCAUCUUGUGUUGACCGAUGAAGAUUUUUCUCAUGAGAUCAUGGAUGUCAUAACCACACUCAAUAAUGGUUUUGUCAAGACUUUUAAGAAGCCAUCAAUUGUUGAAGCUCCUACACUUGAAUUGAAGCCACUUCUGGAGCAUCUCAAAUAUGUUUACUUGGGGAAGAACGAGACACUUUCGGUUAUAAUUGCAAGAGAUCUUAACCAAGUUCAAGAAGAAAAAUUAAUGAGAGUACUCCAAGAAUAUAAAACAACCAUUGGUUGGUCUAUUGCUGAUAUUAAGGGGAUUAACCCUUCUAUGUGCAUGCACCAAAUUUUACUUGAAGAAGGGUCUAAACCAACACGUGAGGCACAACAGAGAUUAAAUCCACCUAUGAUGGAGGUUGUAAAAAAGGAGAUACUGAAGCUCCUUAGUGCGGGUAUUAUUUAUCCAAUUUCAGACAGUAGAUGGAUGCUUGAGAGGUUAGCAGGUCAUCGUUAUUAUUUUUUUCUUGAUGGUUAUUCAGGAUAUAAUCAGAUUGUUAUUGCUCCUGAAGAUCAAGAGAAGAAAACCUUCACAUGCCCUUUUGGUACAUUCGCUUUUCGACGUAUGCCGUUUGCAUUAUGUAAUGCUCCUGCCACUUUUCAGCGAUUCAAGGGAAUAGAGGUUGAUAAGGCAAAGAUUGAUUUAAUUCAUUCUCUACCAUCUCCGACUAGUGUGAAAGAAGUGAGAUCAUUCCUUGGGCAUGCUGGGUUCUAUAAGAGAUUUAUCAAGGAUUUCUCUAAAAUUUCCACGCCACUACGCAACCUUCUUCAAAAAGAUGUAAGGUUUGAGUUUAAUGAAAAGUGUUUAGUGGCUUUCAACUUAUUAAAAGAGUCUUUGACUACAGCUCCUUUAAUUCGGCCACCAAAUUGGGAGCUACCUUUUGAACUCAUGUGUGAUGCAAGUGACUAUGCUGUGGUUCAUGCUGCUCUUCGCUAUCUAUUGCCAAAGAAAGAAGCCAAGCCUCGGCUGAUUCAGUGGAUUCUACUUCUUCAAGAGUUUGAUUUGGAGAUAAAAGAUAAAAAGGGUUCUGAGAAUUUGGUGGCGAACCACUUGAGUCGUCUUAUUCGGGAUGAAGAUAAUUUUCCCAUAGAAGAAAAAUUUUCGGAUGAGCAACUCCUCGCCGUGCAAGAAGUUAUUCCUUGGUAUGCCGACGUUGUAAACUUCCUUGCUUCAAAGGAGUUACCAAGUGAUCUCACACAAGCACAACGGAACAAGAUCAAGCAUGAUGCUUGCCACUACAUAUGGGAUGAACCUUAUCUUUGGAAGCAUUGUACAGAUCAAAUCAUUCGAAGGUGUGUACCUGAAUCUGAAUUCUGUUCCAUCCUUUCUUUUUGUUAUGCUUAUGCUUGUGGUGGACACUUUGGACCUAAGAGGACAUCUCGUAAGAUAUUCGACAGCAAUUUCUAUUGGCCCACAAUUUUCAAAGGUUUUUAUGCUUAUUGUAAGGCAUGUGAUCGUUGUCAACGAGUUGGUAACAUAACGACCAAGGAUCAAAUGUCUCAAACUCCUAUUUUAAUUCUUGAGAUUUUUGAUGUUUGGGGUAUGGAUUUCAUGGGACCGUUCCCAUCCUAUUUCGGCUAUGAAUAUAUUCUUUUGGCAGUGGACUACGUGUCUAAAUGGGUGGAAGAAAUUGCAACUAGAACAGAUAAUUCAAAAAUAGUAGUGGAUUUCAUUCGCUCCAACAUUUUUGUGCGCUUUGGUACACCCAAGGCCAUACUUAGUGAUCGAGGCACUCAUUUUUGUAACAAGAGUAUAGAAGCAUUGUUUCGAUGUUAUAGUGUAACUCAUAAGGUGACAGUUGCUUAUCAUCCACAAGCCAACAGGCAAGCGGGGGUGUCUAAUCGUGAAAUCAAAUUGGUUCUUGAGAAGACUGUAAAUCCAAACCGGAAAGAUUGGAGUACAAGGCUUGAUGAUGCCUUGUGGGCUUAUCGUACGACAUAUAAAACACCUAUCGGUAUGUCACCGUAUCGGUUGGUGUAUGGGAAGCCUUGCCAUCUACAGGUAGAGCUAGAGCAUAAGGCUUGGUGGGAUGUGAAGAAGUGUAACAUGGACAUGGUUGCUGUAGGACAACAACGAAUGCUUCAAUUGCAUGAGCUAGAAGAAAUACACAAUGAAGCAUAUGAGAGCUCGAGAAUUUAUGAGGAGAAAACCAAAACUUUUCAUGAGAAACAUAUUCUUCGAAAGAGUUUUGUAGAAGGUCUGAAAGUUCUCAUGUAUCACUCUUGCCUUAAACUUUUUCCUGGGAAGUUGAAAUCUCGCUGGUUAGGUCCGUUCACUGUUACCAAGGUUUUUCCUCAUGGAGCAGUUGAAGUUGUUAGUCCAAGUACUGGAAAGUCAUUCAAGGUGAAUGGUCAGAGAUUAUAG